AUGGACAGAGGCCGUAAAGAGUAUCCGUCUUUCUCAUCGACGUUGCUUGACGUUAUCUCCCGAUCCAUAGACGAAAGAGAUGAUAGAAAACCAGUGAUGAGGAGUAGAAAGAGCAUUGAUGAUGGCGGUUACAAAACUAUCACCGAUGUGCCGCUUAGAAGGAAAUCAGCUACAGGUCUCGAAAGCAGUUCAUUCUACAUCAACUCUUCUAAUACCCGCGGCUCUUCUGUUUCUAGACAUGAAGCUGAAACAAUAUACGGAUUUACAGCGAGGCCUAGACCGAUCCGUACUACAACCAUUAGCCAAUAUGAAGAGUGUAACUGUAACUACAAUUCUAACACGCCAGAGAUGAACACAACUAUGUAUGCUGGAUCCGAAGAUCAGAAACCGAAGGCUAAGAUGAAAUCCAGAGCUAUGAAGAUCUACGGUUACUUGAAGAAAGCAGGCAAGCAGCCGAUUUCACCAGGAAGUCGGUUAGCGACGUUUUUUCAUUCGCUUUUCAGUACGACAAGCACAAAGAGAUCCAAGGUUCCAUCGCUGUACAAUGGAGGUGACGAUGAGGAUACAGUUCAUACAAAAAGGAAACCUAAAUCGGCUUCAACAUCUUCGUUUUCACACGCGUCUUCUAGGGGAAUGGAAACUACCGAGUUGAAAAGGUCUGUUAAGUUUUAUCCAGGGGGGAACGUGAUCGUCAACGAGUAUUCUCAGCCGCUUGGAAGUCCCCUGGCGGUUAAAAUUGCCAACAAUUCGACUGCAGAGAAAAACCGUCGUCUGAAUAUAUUGAAGAGUUACAAGAGGAAGGUUGAAUACGUGUUUGAUUUGAUUAAAGAUAAUGUUAAUUAUGAUGAUGAUGAUGAAGCUUCGAGCUACGCGAGCUCGGAUCUGUUUGAACUGGACCAUCUAACUGCCAUUGGGAUGGAUCGGUGUAUGCAAGAGUUGCCAUUGUAUGAAACAACUAGUGUUGAAGCCAAUCGAGCCAUUGCCAAUGGUCUUGUUGUGUGA